GGCUUCUUCCCACCACCACCAGUUCCUCACGCCAUCAUAGGCCUUCUAGCUUCUGUGAAGAACUUCUUCUCUAUCUCAAAACCUACAAGCUUUUUUUCCUAUUCUGUCAUUCAUAUGUGUUGAACUUAUACAGAUAUCUUACAUCUCCUGAUUGAUCUCUUUGGAUUAUAUAAGUCAGGCUCGACUUUUAUUCUGUCGCAGCCUGCAUCCCGAAGUUCCCAGGCAACUCAGGCGGUUAAAAAUGGGGGGACAUAAGACAACAGCGACGAUUACGUCGGCUGGUAUCAGAAUCGCUUCAGUUAUAUUUCUGCGAUGGGUCGCCUUACCCCCUAUCAUUUCCGCCAUAUACGCUCUAUUCGCAAUAUAUGUCCCGUCUUUCAUAUUAGGUUACCUCAAUGAAUCCAAGUAUGAACUUCUUGACGAAGUCGACGUGGUUUUAAAGGAAGAUAUAUUAAAUAAAGACGAGAUCGCAAAUGGAACUACAGAUGAAGCCGUCGUAGUUGAAGAGGUUGACGUAGAGGAGACCGACACAUUAAGACAGAAACCGUUGAACCCUAUCGGCACUCUAUUAAAGGGGACGCCAAACCCGAACAGCUUUAUUCUUACUGCUCUAACGUUUCUCAUCAAUGCCGCAUGCAUCGCAAUGGUCACGGACAUGGUGUAUACACCCCGGUGGUCCCAUCCUAGCCAUGACCUUUCUUUUGCUCGAGUUGGAUAUGUUUCGGACACUGAGGCAAAAUUACUGAUUCGAGAGCCCGAUCAAUCCAAAAUGCCUAUUACAGUCCAAGUUCAUAUCAAGGAUGCCAAGCCACCUUUUGAUAAUCCUCUAUGGCAAACCGCUGGCGAUGUUAAGUUGACUACUAACGAGACCGACUAUACCGCACUAGUUACCAUCCCCCUGACUCAUUCCAAACAACGUGUAUACGAAUGGACUACAUCUAACAACCAUUCUGGAGAAUUCACAUCUGCCCCCAAACCAGGAACUAUGCCGGAAUUAUUUGAUGGAAAAUUCACUUUCCUUUCCACGUCAUGCAUCGUUCCCCGUCUACCGUACAACCCUCUUGAUCACCCUCUAGCCUUCCCAGGAAUGAAGCAUUUAGCUAAGGUUUUACCGGAUUUGGGUGCGCAAUUCAUGUUGUUUCUUGGAGACUUCAUCUAUAUUGAAGUGCCAAAAAGAUUCGGCGAAUCUGUUGAGAAUUAUCGGCAAAAGUAUCGCCAGGUUUAUGCCUCGCCUGACUGGCCUGCGGUAGGCCAAAAUCUCAGCUGGAUUCAUGUUCUGGAUGACCAUGAGAUCUCCAACGACUGGGAUUCGAAUUCGACCGGUGUGUAUCAGACCGCUGUAGACCCGUGGCGCCAUUACCAAACUGUAGCGAAUCCCCCAGUGGCUAAGAAGUCUGGAACCCGAAGCCUUGUAUCGCGAGAAGAGGCUACUUACUUCUCUUUCACUCAGGGGCCUGCUAGCUUCUUCAUGCUCGAUACUAGGUCUUAUCGGUCCAAGAACUCCGAGCCAUUCGACAGCCCGAACAAGACGAUGCUUGGUGAGACACAGCUUGGGGAUUUCCUCGAUUGGCUGCGUCACCCAGAACCCAAGGGGGUGAAAUGGAAGGUCGUUGCUAGCUCCGUCCCAUUCACGAAGAAUUGGAGGGUGAAUACUAGGGAUACUUGGGGCGGCUUCCUCUCCGAGCGCAGAAAGAUUCUUGAGGCGAUGUGGGAUGCAAGCAUCCUUGGAGUAGGUGUCGUUGUCUUGUCUGGAGAUCGCCAUGAAUUUGGCGUCACUGCUUUCCCGCCACCAAAGAAUGGUACAUGGCCGGAAAGUGCGACGGUUCAUGAAUUUUCAGCAAGCCCCCUAAACCAGUUCUACUCGCCUAUUGGAACUUAUUCCCAAACGGAUGAUGAAGACGUUGAAUUGAAGUACAUAAACAAGGGUAACUCUAAAUUUGGCGUGAUCACGAUGGAGAAGUUCGCGGAAGGCGAGCAGAGCAGCUUGAAGUAUACUGUCUACAUUGACGGCGUAGACAAGUGGAACACCGUGAUCCUAUCACCGGAGCCACUAGCGCAACCCGUGAAGUCCUCAGGCUCUUUCUGGGAUAGACUUCGCGGGCUAUAAGCCAAACCACAUUACCCUAAAUACUAGGGACAUUAUAUAAGGUACAUAACUCUACGCUCACGCGCUGGAUGUUAGGGAUGUGGAUGCAAUAAAAUAAUGAUUGUUCUAUUGGAAGGGAGGCGUUGCACGGCCUU